CGUGACUCCCAGCGCUCACUCGCGCGCACCUCCCUCUGGAGUCAGACCCGGCCUUCGCUCGCUCCCUUCUCGGCACCUGCUCCCCGUGGCCCUGAGGGCGUGCGGGCCAGGGACGGGCCCCGAAUAGGAGGCGGAGGGGUGGGCAGGUCUGCGGGUCUGAGGGUCGCGGCGGUGCACCCUGCGGCGAGAAUCAGGAGAAAGAGAAGGAGACUGCCAGGAUAGGCCCAGGAGUAAUGGAGUCCAAAAAGGAACAGGCGGGAAAAAAACUCAAUGUGGAAAAUGCCUGCCAGGAAAAUGAAGAAAAGGAUGAGAAAGAGCAAGAUGCUAAUAAAGGAGAGCCUUUGGCCAUCCCUUUGGAAGCCGAUGAAUACUGCGUGCCUAGAGGAAAUCGUAGGGGGUUCCGCGGUAGGCAGCCCAUCCUGCAGUAUAGAUGGGACAUGAUUCAGAAGUUUGGGGAACCACAGGCAAGGGUGAGAGAAGAAAAUAUGGAAAGGAUUAGGGAAGACGUGAGAGAGCUGUUGGAAAAGCUGAGGGGAAAGCAGUUUAGUCAUAGUCUGCGGGCAGUUAGCACUGACCCCCCUCACCAUGACCAUCAUGAUGAGUUUUGCCUUGUGCCAUGAUUCUUAAUGUUUUCCCUGAAGUUGAUAGGGAGACCCCUGCUUUCUCAAUUUAAGUUUUUCUGAUAGAUCUUUGUUUUAAACUUUUUGAUGUUACUUGUUUCUGGUGGGUCUCCUUUUACCAGCUUCUAAUUGAAUGUUGUGGUUUUGACUGGUGUGUAAGUUUCUGUUAGCCAAGGAGUUAUAUCUAUUGCAUGGAAAGAUGCUCAUUAUAUAUUGCAAAGUUAAUACAGCACUUUUAAAAAGCAA